AUGGGUGCAGUGAAGUAUGAAAACAAGACUGUCUUUGUGGCUGGAGGAGCUGGUGGUUUGGGUAAAGCCGUGGCAAAGAUUUCAGCAGCUCGAGGCGCUCAUGUAACAAUCUUCGGACGCAGUCCAGGUCCGUUAGACGACGCCGCCGAAGAAAUACGGAGAUCAUGUCGCGACAGUCUCCAGAAGAUCAAAGCUGUCGUUGUCGAUCUUUCUGACUACGUUCAAGGUCGUGUUCCCGACAUGCUGUACUGCGCCGCGGGUGGAAACCAUGCCCAGAACGGAUUCUUCACCGAAAUCACAUCCUCACAAAUUGAGGACUGCAUGCGCAACAACUACUUUGCCACUGCGUAUCUAGCAAAAUCGGCCCUCGAUCUUUGGGUCCAGGACGACAGGAACAACGAGUGUGGACAGACAUCGAAGCCUAUACCUCGCCAGAUCGUCAUAGUGAGCAGCGCAGCUGCUUUUGUGGCUUUGCCUGGCUCCAUCGCGUACACUCCUGCAAAGGCAGCCGUUCGGGCCCUUGCAGACACACUCCGAUUGGAAAUGUUACGAUACUCAUGUGCUGCAUCGGCAUACAGCGUUCAUAUCGCUUUUCCAGGCGACUUCGUAUUACCCGGCUUCUACCAGGAACAACAGACCAAGACUGCGCUGACGAAGCGUAUGCAGGGGCUUGAGGGUACCCUUGAAGAGCUCGUCGCUCGUUAUCCAUCUUCGGAGCAAGUCGCGUUGGGGAUCGUGGACGCAGUCAAUAAAGGAGAGUUCAUCAUCUGUAAAGACUCGUCGUCAGCAUCGCUACUGUUCACCGGCAUGCAGGGGCCAUCUCCCAAGAGGGGCUUCGGCGUCUUUGAUUCUCUGAUGGGAGUCAUACACGCGUUCUGGAAUCUUCGCAAAAAAGCGUCGCGUGGAUGA